ACGUCAAGCGGAACGGCAGUCGCGUCAACGAGAAUGGACAAGCCCGCGGUAACGGCGGCGUGCAACGAGGGUCGAUCGCAGUGGACUGGGCGCAUGCGCCAGCCCCUGGAGAGCAGCUCCGAGCCAGCCCGUGAAAACGGUACCCCGGUGCAUCGUUAUCCGGAGAGGCAGCGACGACGCGAGAGACACGUCGCGGGGAGAAAGCAUCGACCGGCGAGAGACAGCGAGAAGAUUACCACCGGCACCUCGUGCUCGUCGACAUCGUUGUCGUCGCCGCCGGCGCUUUCCUCGCCGUCUUCCUGCACGUCCUCGCGCCGCUCGAGCUCCCCGCCGUCGAGCGCCUCGUCGCCCGCGCGCUCCUCCACCUCGUCGGUCACGAGCGAUCCGUUGGCGAUCAAACCGGCGGUUAGGAGCAGGCGGAGAAGCACUCACGAUCAGAGCGACGACGGGAUUGGAAAGCGGAGGCAGAACGCCGCGGGGACAAGACGGGACGACGGCGAAACGACUCAUGGAGCAACAGGGGCGACGACGUCGGUGCCCAUCUCCUCCUCUUCGACCACCGUGUCUUCCUCGUCGCCAUUCCCCUCCCCCGUGUCUACGUCCUCCACAUCUUGCCGGACGGCGACGACGACGCCGCGCGGCCAUGCUGGCGAUCACGGCGUCGCGCACGUCUCGUCCUCGUCGUCCGCCCUCGAGAGACUGAGAAGUGCCCUGGAAAAUUAUGACCGUAGUCGAAUCUAUCUUGCCCACGUUUGCUACCUGGACUGGCGGGAUCUGCCGGGUAAGCGACGUGCUGGCGGCAGCAGCAGCGGCGGCGGCGACGACGACGGCAGCAUCGGAAGCCGCGACGCGACGCCAAGCGGCGAACGGGUGUGGGUGGUGGGGGCAGCGGAUCACGAGGGCCACCACCGGACGCGAUUGUUGGUGGCCGGCCGCCACUGGCGACCACGUUGUCUACGCAGGGUCAACAUGUUGAGCCAACCGGUGGUGUACGCCGGCGGCGGCAGGGGUUCCUUGACUGCCGAUCUCUUCCUCUGGUGGUUCCACCGUGAGUUCGCAGUCACGGCGAUGGCGAUGCAUCCGGACGGCGCCGUGCUGGUAGCCGAGAGUGCUGAUUACCUGCCACCGGAAGGCGAUUGCGUCGCUGCGGACGGUCUUGUACGGCUGUUUGUUGUACCAAAGGACUGCAUGGAAACCCGACUGGUGGUCCGAGAGUUGAGAGUGCGUCUGGCUACCGGUAUACUGUCGAGAGCACGCUGUGGCGUUUACCGUGACAAAGCCCCCUCGAUCUUGGGCCUGCCCGAGGAAGAGGGCGAUCACCGAUUGGACGUGUAUCUAAAAAGGUUCACGCUGAAGGAAGCAUUCGCGGACCUUCAUCGCGCCUGGCUCAGCGUUCGGUCGGAGACUUUCGCGCGCAGCUGGACGCUACCGCGCGAUCGCGAUGAUCCGCUCGUGAGAUGCAACGGCGCCAUGUUGCCGCCCAGAAUCCACGCGGUCGAUCAGGAGGAGGAUAGAAUGCUGCUUGUUGAGCUACAGGGCCUCGCCAGGGAAGUUGGACUGGAAAUCACUGAUGACGAACUCGGUAGUUGGAUCCUCGACGAGGAGAGCGCGCUGGCGCCCUUCGUCAGGAAGAGAGAGCCGGACGAGGAGCACUGCCGGGUGAAGGUCGAGAUAGAGACUGAUAAGUGGUUGGAUCGCAAUGGUGACGAGGAUGAAGAUGGGAAGAACGACGGCAUCGAAGAAGACGAUGGCGAGGACGAGCCCACCGCCGAGGAAGCUGUCGGACUCCUCUCGAGAGUACUGACCUGGAUGGAAAGAGAACCUCUCGAUCCUGGACUUCUACUGGCGGUCAGAUCGAUGCGCGAUACCGCCGCACUUAUGGCGAGCAAGAUGGGCUUGGCAGGGACGCAUCCAGGUGGGCUGCCAUUCUUCUGUCCGAACGGGGACCACCUGACGCAACCACCUCCCGCCCAUAUGGGUAUACCACCCUAUGGCACGUUGGACGCGGGUAAAGCGGCCGCCGCGGCUGGUCUCACGAGAGCACCAAUGUACCCCUUUUCGACGGGCCAGUACGCAUACCCCAUGCUUAGUCCGGAAAUGACGCAAGUUGCUUCCUGGCACACACCGAGCAUGUACCCCAUCUCGCCGGCGAAUGCCGGCUUCCGAAGUCCAUAUCCCACAAGUUUACCCAUCACGAGUUCUAGUUUACCAAGCGAUCUCUAUCGGUUUUCACCGACGGGCCUUAUGCCUCCGCACCCUGGCCUGAGUCCACACGCACACGCUCUAGCAUCGCACGCGUUAGUGUCAGCGCCGAAGGCGGAUCACUCCACCCUGGAUCACAAUCACAGGUCAACGAUAGAGCAGAAAAACUCCACGUCGUUACCUACGGACAAUUCAAAAGCUCAGGACACGGGACAACAAAAUAAUCAAGAUAAAAAGAAACCCCAUAUAAAAAAGCCUUUGAACGCAUUUAUGCUGUAUAUGAAGGAGAUGAGGGCGAAGGUUGUGGCAGAGUGUACCUUAAAAGAGAGCGCCGCGAUCAACCAAAUAUUGGGAAGACGAUGGCACUCGCUAAGCCGGGAGGAGCAGGCGCGGUAUUAUGAGGCGGCCAGGCAGGAGCGCCAUCUGCACCAGCAACGAUACCCCGGCUGGAGUGCCAGGGAUAACUACGGAUAUGGCAGCAAGAAGAAGAAGAGGAAGAAAGAGCGAUCCGCAGAUCCCACCGGAGGUAAUAACAUGAAGAAGUGCCGUGCCAGGUACGGAUUAGAUCAGCAAAGUCAAUGGUGCAAACCCUGCAGACGUAAGAAGAAAUGUGUCAGAUACAUGGGGGAGGGAGGAGACGGCGACGGUGAAGCUGACGGUGAAGCCGAGGAUGACCAUUCGGAGGACAACCUGGGCAGCGUAGGAGAGGCGGGGACUCCCGAGGAGGACGAGUCUCUGAGUAGUCCUGGAGGCCUAUCCGCGUUAUCUAGCCUGGCGAGCCCUUCGCUGGUCUUACAGUCACCCUCGAGCCUGGCCAGUCCGUGCCCGUGUCCGUUGACGCCCCCAGUGCCGCCCCCGCCUUUGUCGAACACGAACCAGUCGGCGGCGGCGGCGGCGGCAGCGGCGACGACGGUAGCAGCGGCAGCGGCGGCGGCAGCGGCGGCGAUGGCUGGAUCGGCGGUGACAUCGGCGACAACGGCGGCGCAACAACAGCAGCAACAGCAGCUACCACCUCCACAGCCUCACCGCAACCCCGUCGGCACAAAUCCUCACGAUAUUAACAAUCCGCUCAGCGUGAACCAGCUGACCGGACAGUGUAUAAAGAGCGAGCCCGCACCUUCGGGCCCCUCCAACCCGGCGAUCAGUGUUACGUAGCCCCGGCCGGACCCACGUGACCGAACUGUUGCUACAUGCGGUGUCAUCUAUAGGGUCCGUCUACGUAUGCACACGAUGAAAAGGCUGAACGACGAGGAACCGACUGACACGAUGACGGAGAUACAGGGAAAGACCUGGCGGGUGAGAGAUCAAGGAUCUCGCUUUCGUCUAGCGUUUCUCUCGCAGUUUCAAUCCGAUUGGGGGGAAACAAGUAGAGGUUCGAGGAGAGUAUAGUAUUUUCGAGAUGCCUCAAGAUAAUUCGAGUGGUCAACUUACGAGUUAGUUGAUCAUGCUUCGUUGGGAUUUGACGCAAUCUGCAAUCUGAACGGUACUGCUGACAAUUCGGAUUGGGAACACGCGAAAUCGUCGUACCGCUAUUGUGGAUUUAUAGUGUCGCUUUCGAUCGUUCUCUCCUGGCCUCGCUCUUAUCCAUUCGCCCAAGUGCAGAACAGAUCCAGUGUCCGAAGUCGGGAGUACGAUCGAUACGUUAUAUACGUGUUAACGAGAACGAACAGAAAUAAAUAUUAUGUGCAGAAAUACUCAGUACCAAGUAUUUGGUUGUAGUCACCCGCUCGGCAAAAAGACAAAUGUAAGCGAGAUAUAAGCGUAAGAGAAUAUAUGUGCAUGUAAGCUUGCGAAGCUGGGGAAGAGCAAGGUGCACGUCUGAUAAUAAUGCGACUGAGAAAGCAAGCUAAUUGAUGGUGCGCGUGACGCAGCUUGUAGUCCUUGUUACGUUGUGAUGCCAAUGACUGAGAGUCAUGUUCCUGUGCCAGCUACUAUACUCUAGAAAAGUAAUUAUAUUGCGGACAAGUAGCUAGAUGCGUAAAGCGAAAAGGAGCCGCGAGAAAGAACGAAGCGGCGCGCGCGUGCGCGCGCGCGAGCGCGAUGCGUUUUAUUGUCAUUCGUUUAUUCGACCUCACCUCACACAUCAAGUGUGUCAAGAUAUCUUCUAUAUAUACGCAAUUUGUUAUUUUUUUAAAAGUCUAUACACACAGUGCGGUUGAUUAGCGUGUAAGAUCCUUAUUACCAACUCCCCGCUCAUUUUCGAAUAUUUUUCCUUUGUCUCUUUCUACUCUGUUAAUUCUCUUCUCGUUUUUAAUAAUAUUACCAUAAUAAAUGGCGCUAUACGAUCGAUAAGGUUCCAAGGGCAACGUGUUUCUAUAGAACUUAUCAAACAAACUUUUCCAUUUGUGCAGAAUACAACAUGCUGUUUACUACAUAUUAUUAAGUUACUAAAUAUUAAUACGUAUUAAUAUAUAAUAACUACGUAUUAAUAUUAAUUAAGACUAAUGAUAUGUAUUAAACCUCGAACGUUUUUCUUGUUGCAAUCGACUUAAUGUCGUUCUCGUUGUUUCAUUAUUUCCUUAAAUGGGAUAAUGAUCGACGUUUGCCAUCAAUCGGCAAAUUCGUACUUUCGAUCGAACAAAGACAAUAAUCGGCAGCAAAUAGAAAACAUUUUUUUAAUAAGUAAAAGACUUGUGGUCAAGAGAAAUUAUUAACUUCCAUAGAAAGAUGGGAACGAGCUGUAUCGAGUCACUUGCGAACAAUAUCGAAAGCGACGUUUUUGGAAGAUUAUCUUAUAAUAUAUUCAUUUCGCCCUCAAAUUUCUAUCUCUUUUUCCCCGAAACAUUUUCCCACUUUUCAUUCGUUCAUGAUAUGAGCGUUCACGCUAACGUGAUAUGAUCGUUCGAUGAGCGUGUAAGCAAUGUCCGAUGCGAUUUAAGGAUUAAAUAAUUUGUAUAGUCCGUAUGUGUGCGCAUCAGAGAAAUAAGUUUCCCUCGCAAAUCGCGGAUUAGAAAGAAAACUUUUGUCAUUGGAACAAUCGCUUAAAGAAUGACAAUUAGGCAAAAACUUUAGAAAAAGAAUUUUAUGAUAUCUUGUAAAAACACUAGUAGGUUUUACUAACUUUUUACUUUUCUCUCUUUCCGUUAUUAACGAAGUUUUAGCAUGUCGUUUCGAACAUUAGCAUAGUGCAGGUUUAUUUCUAGAUUUCAGCAAAAUGAUGUUACAAAUAUUUUUAUUGGCAACUCUACGUUUUUUCUUAUAUUUUAUUAUAUAUAUAUAUAUAUAUAUGUAUGUAUGUAUGUAUUGUUUAUCGUAUCAAUGCAACGUGCAAAUGUAAAACGUACUAUUUGGACAUUGUGAAAUAGUAUGAAAUAAUCAAUAUUUUUUUAUUCGCGAAUUUUUGUUGCGAGAAAUCUAUUACAGCCAGUAAUUACUUUUUUCAUGACUGCAAUGGAAAUUGUUAAUCGUAUUAUAAAAGAUUUGCAAUAUUGUCUUAUAAGAAAAGAACAGUUGGUUCUUUUACUUGUCUUACCAUAGAGACAUUGUAACGUUGCUACUGUUAAAAAUUUGUUGUAUUAUUUUAUCGAUUCAAUGUUUUACAAUUUUUUUGCAAAAGUGAUAAAAAUUUCUGAAACCUGGUAAUAGGACAUUCACGCGGUAGUACGUUUCGUAAGAAGCUAAAAUCACGUAUGCGCAAUUUCGAGCACGCCGAUUUAAAAGCAAUGAGAAUUGUUAAUGACUGAUCUCGUUUCGUUAUGCGACAUUACGGUGCGAUUUUAGUUUUCUUUAUCACCUAAACUGGAAAGAAAUACGCGAUAAGGGUUCCUUAUAACGAUUGUUCCGUAAGCGUUUAUUCGGAGAGCAGUUUCUCUUUUGUACAUAAAAUAAAUACGUUUUAUAAGACGCAUUUGUUGCGGCGCAUGGGAAAGUGCAAUGGAGGUGCCAAUGAGAGAACGAGAGAGUGCGAGAUUGCGCGAAUUCGCGCGCGUGCGCCACGAAACGGAAGUAGCCGUUAAACGAGGGUGCGCGCGAACGUCUCUAUGACAAUAUCUGUUCCCUUCUCUCCCUACCAGUGUUUUUCCCUUUUGUCUCUUCUUUUUUUAUUCUUUUAUCUGUCUUUUUUAUCUCAUCGACUGCAAUUGUUCAGUGUCUCUAUAGCGAAUACGGCGGAAGCCGCUGUAGAAACGCAUCGCAGAGUAUAGCAGCGAACUAAACGUGCCAUAACGUCAUGCCAAUAUUACCGAUAAUACAUAUUGUUUUUUUUUUACACAAUCCAUUCAACCUAGUUCCGUCGAUCGUGAAGCAUGGGCCAUCGACGCGAUUUUGCCCUUUUCUCCUUCCUUCUAUCACACGAUCCAUCGUUCUCUCUCCCCUUUUCCUUCCCGCCUUCUUCGUUUGUCGAUCGAACACAGUAAACAGACUGAAAAUGGCAUUUAAUAGCAACUUUUGCGCGAGCAUCGAUCUGGGUGUGUGUGUACUUAUAUGACGUAUGUAUAUUUAUUAUAUAUACAUACAUACAUACACACACUACGGUAUCGAACAGGGCGAAAGAUUUAUCAGUACUAGAAGCGCUCGAACGAAAGGAAAACGUAGACUCUCGCGCGUAGAAAACGUUCGAUCGAGGAACCGAAGUACCUUCCUAUCAAAUAAGUACGGGGCAAGGACAACCAGCAAUGUCUCACGAGUGCGAAAGAAAAUGAGGCGGCGGCGAUGGCGAAAUAGCGGUAGACGUAGUCAGAAACGAGACUCGCAAAGUCUCGUUGAAUGCGUACGUGCGUAUAUGACAACAACCCUUGUACAAGGAGAGUAACGCCGAAUGGGACCGAUUUUCCCUCGAAGAAUAGACAAUCGAGUGUUACGGGGGGGGAGGGAGUACCUCCCCCUCUUCUUUCCUUCCCUAAGGAGGAAAGAAAAUCUCGUGGAUCAUCUCGAGCCCGCUCGCUGCCUCUCUUUUCGCUCUGCUAGGAACGACGAGGCGACGUCGCUUAAGAUUUUCGGUGGCGGACUGCUCGGAGACGCGAAAGCGUCGCGUUCGACGUUACCGGGUAUGGAAAGAGAAACGUACCCUUGGGACGCGGAAUGCGAGCAAACUCGCUCGAUACGGCCUACAGUCCGCUCGAGAAGAGAAAGAAAGAAAGAGUAUCGAGAUUUGCUCUCGCGAGUCGCAGAUGACACCCCCUUCCCCCGGUGACGAGGGUGACCAAGCUCGUGCCGAUCGAGUCGGGAUUUCGGAGCUCGUGUCUCGCUUCAAAGGAGUGAUUGUACCAUAUUGUAAAGUAUCAAUCGACAGUUCUCAGCUGCGUUGUACAGUGUUUUCUAAGUAUCUAGGCUGAUAGCGCGCGUGUAAUUGAGGAAAAGGAACCAUUGUAUUUACACUAAUAAGCGAUCUGUAUCAUUCAUUCUCGUAUAGCCUGUACUCCUACUCAUGUAGAUGCUAAAAGUGAUUUGUGUCAUAAAGAAAACCUAUAAAUAAAAUUAGCACUUUGAGAACGUU